UCGUCCAAGACUAGCUGAAAUUUAAAACUUUUAUUUUUGUUUUUUUUUUUAAAAUUAUAUUGGGCAUUGAGAAAGUAAGAAAAACAUUAGUGAAUGAGAGGAUGUCGACAAUGGCCUCCCUCUAAAAACGCCUCUCUAGUAUCUCCAUCUUCUUGAAUCUUGGCUCCUGCUUGGCUGAUUCCAGUUAUCGGUUUGUCCUCCAGGCACCAGGCACUACGCCUCCCUUCAUCUUCCUACAUUCAAAGUAUCAGGCGAUCUUAGUGGUGCUGCAUAAUGGCGGACACUAUUCAAAUCAGUAAAAAUUUAGUAUUUCAGCUUGUAGAUGAUGAUGUGAAGUCAAAAAAGAAACCCAAGAAAAGCAAGGCAAAGGUACCUAGAGAGCCUUCACAGGCACAAAAGAAAGCACCCCAAAAGCAGCUUGCUGACGAGUCUGCAGCACAAAAAGGAACUCCUUCGGCUGGAUGGCCUCUUCAACCCCCGUUCUUUUUAUCUGUGCCUUCGACCUCAAACCCAGAGCUAGAAGCUAUUCGUUCUGUUCUCAAGGAGAGUGAAACAGUUUUGGAGAAAAUGAAAAAAUACGAGGAGAACAUGCUGAAAGAAGUCACACAAAGAUCGAAAGAACUACAUGAGAAAGAAUUCAAGCUUCCUCAACAAAAAACUAUUGUUUGUCAGUCAGAGAGAGACUCAUGUGCUGCAUGUUACAAGGAGCACAAGCAAGACUCGCUCAAAUGCGCAAGCUUGGUUCAGAGUUAUCGAGACUGCGUUCGCAAAGCAAAAAACCUUGAGAAAUCGCUUAGAUAGAUGAAUUCUUUGGGCGGACAUUUGCGUCUGUACUCUCGAGUUUGACAUGCUAGUUAACAGUAAGAUCUGAACAAUUAAAUAAGCAAAACAGUCUCUUGUACUUAUUUUUGAUAAGUUGUACUUGAGUUAACAAUUUUUCCUUGGACAGGGUCAAUUGAAAUGUCCAAAUACAAAAAACUUGCAGGACUUUGGAGAUUCCUAGCAGGUUUUUGUGAUGAAUUUUUAAACCAAUUUUCAUUGGUGAUGAAUGUAAAAAAGAAAUGCUGGUCAAGUUGUCAAGUCGUUCGAGAUUAAAGUUGUAUCACCAUGAUGAAUGUUGAGAAGGAUGUUUUUGAUGUUUGUUCUUUUUUCUUGGAUCGAUCUUUAUAGCGGGAUCAAGUCUACAAUAUUUUUAAAGAGUUUGUUUUUGUUUGCUUU